GUGAAAGCACCACGGCGACCUACCGCCUCAGAGGUAUUGGUCUACUGGAUUCCGCUAAUAUUCCGUAGCCUGGGAAAGAACAAAGGGUACUCCUACGAGGAUGAUGUGGGAGGUCGUGGUAGCGACCAAUUGAUUGCUCCUGAUCCAGCCGCCGCCCACAGCAGUGUGUCUAUGCAGUUGGAAUUGCCCACCGCCCAGACGGAGACAAAGCAAUUGAUGAUUGCGGAUACAGCGGCGCCGCACGAGAUCCUCGAGAAACGAUCCGUGCUAUACCAGCUGAAGGCCUUCGGCACCUGCUUCAGCAUGGCGCCCAUCCAACUGCCGCCGAAGGCUGUCAUCGUGGACGUAACCAUGUCGGAUUCCCACUUCGUGGUGGUCAACGAGGACGGAUCGGCAUACGCCUGUGGUGAGGGCACCCAAGCUAUUGAGCGUUGUAGAAUUGUGGCCAAGUUCGCGAACGGGCCACCUUUUAGAUGCUGCCUGCAUUAAAGUGAAGCGCUCAGAUUGUGCAUUUUAAGGUACACUUAGUCCAAGAGAAGAUAGCUUAAAUAUUUUAGCAUAUUCCAGCAAAUACAUAACGGUCGAUUAUACAUGCAUAUUGUCUCGAUUCCAAUAAUUAUAAUAUAAUGCUAAAUAUAAAAACAUUUAUACUCGUAAGAAAUGAAA